CAGACAGGGUUUCUGGGUUUUAGGGCCUAGUUCGAUGGAUUAAAUUAAAAGACAAAAUGAGCAAGUCUUCGUGAAACUGAAACUUGGGUGGGCUGGCUGCUGUGGGUCAGUCUGUCUGCUUAUUCCUACUGAAAUAGUAUACCUUGCCACGCUUGUGACUCCAGAGCUGAUUCUGUUUCUUGGACCGCCCUCCCAGUGUUCUCAAAUGUUUUUAUUGGUCUCUGUACCAGUAAUAUGAUGAGAUGCUGGCUGGGAUUUGCCUUUCGUUAAGGCAAAGCUUGAAUGUGAGUGAAAAAACUUGAGGGGAAUGGGGAAAAAAAAAAAGGAAGAAAGGUAAGACACUGGUCCUGAAGAAUGCCAAAUAAAAUUGGAGGCACUCCCAAGGAACUUUAUGGGUGGUUAUUGUAAUUUGCUAGGCCUUAAGCCAGUUGAAAUGUAAGAGUACAAUAUAGCAAAAAAUGCAACAUACCCUUUUAGUAGAGGAUUAACUGUUUUGCACUGUUUGGAAUAAUCACUAAUUGUUGACAUUGCAGGUUAACUGGUAUAAUACUUACUUUUCAAUUAUCCUACCGUAUACUCGUUAUAGAACUGAAAAGAAAAUUGACCUUUCCAGUUGUCUUGCUUCUGGUCUUUUUUUUUUAAUAAAGACUUAUGAAAUGCCAUAUGAAAUUGAAGCCAUUUAAUUGUAAGGGAGUUUAGCUGAGGAACUGUACCCAACUUGUAUGACAACGCCAGAGACGCAUAUUGCAUUUUUGAUUGAACUGAUAAUCAUGUCCAUGGAAGUCCCAACAGCGUUUUGCUGUAAAAAAACAAGGCAGGAACUAGGCAAGGAAAAAAUCUCUGUGCUACAAGAUACAUGCCUGCCCUCUUCUUUUCCUCGAGCUGUAGACAGCACUAAUGUGGGAGGAGUAACAAAAAGAAUCGAAACCUCAAGUGCACUAGGCAGAUUGCUAGACCAGAUACUGAAACUAGACUCCUAAACUGUUAAGUAUUUAGAAAGAGGGCGGUAGGUGUUUGAUAUGAAAAGCUAGUUCGCUUACUCUUGUAAACGUUUUGCAUCGGAAAAGGGGAUUGUAUGCUGUCUCUGCACGUCUGCUGUGCUGACCUGCUCAAACUAACUUGGGUGUGUACAAGAGGAGCCAGCAGUAAUCAUCGCCCGGAAGAAGGGGUCGGAUCUGGACCCCUCAAGUUACUUUCCAGGAGCAGUUGUCGGGCCAUCUAGGGAGGCCAGAAAGCGAAUCUCUUUAAGGAGCUAACAAUCCAGAUUAUGCAGUAAAAAUCUGCCUGUGAGUCCCACAUGCAGUUUGACAACGUAAGGCCAGCUGCUGUUCCUGCUGCUGCUGCCCCGUUUGCUGCGGAGGGAAGCGCUCUUCAUUUCCACCGGCUGCGGCGGUUUCCUUUACCUACCCGUGGGGCAGUCUUGCCAUGUGGGGCUAGGAUUCUCCGCAGUAUUAAGCAGUAAAUAUGGAGGCUGCUUGCAAGCCAGAUGGCGGGGAUCAGAGUCAUCCCAGCAGCGGCGUGGAGGCUCCUGGGGACUCUUCUAUGGACAGUUACUUGCGAUCUCAGGGUUUAUAUAGAAAGCGGGUUGCUAAGGAUGGAUCCUGUCUUUUCAGGGCUGUGGCCGAGCAGGUGUUGUACUCACAGUCUCGGCAUAUUGAUGUUAGGAAUGCCUGUAUAAAUUAUAUUCGGAAAAACAGAGAAAAAUUUGAAGCGUUUAUAGAGGGGCCAUUUGAAGAGUAUUUAAAAUGUUUGGAAAACCCACAGGAGUGGGUUGGACAAGUGGAAAUAAGUGCCCUUUCUCUUAUGUACAAGAAGGAUUUUAUAAUAUAUCAGGAACCAAAUGCUUCUCCUUCACGUGUAACUGAAAAUGGCUUUCCUGACAAGGUACUACUGUGUUUUUCAAAUGGAAAUCACUAUGAUAUUGUUUAUCCUAUAGAGUAUACAGAAAGAGCUGCUUUGUGCCAAUCUCUUCUUUAUGAAUUGCUGUAUGAAAAAGUGUUAUGUACUGAUGUGAAUAAAAUCCUAGUGGAACUAGGUGUGACAGAGGAAAAUAAUGGUAGCAGUGAAGUGUCUGAUUCAGAUUCAGAAGACGACAACUGCAAAAGUAAAACUGCUGCAGUUAAUGAUAUGAAUGGAUUUAAGUCUCUUUCUGGCAAUAAGCACCUUAAGAACAAUGGAAAUCCCACCUCAUUUUUGCCUAGAAAAGUACUUCAGUCACUCAAUCCAUCAGUUUACAGAAAUGUUGAAUAUGAAGUUUGGCUACAGUCAAAACAGGAUCAGCAAAAGCGGGAUUUUUCCAUUGCUGCUGGCAUGCAGUAUUCAGUUGGAGAUAAAUGUAAAGUGCGCUUAGACCACAAUGGGAAAUUUUAUAAUGCCCAUAUCCAAGAGGUUCGCUCUGAGAAUGGCCCAGUUAUUGUUUUUGUAGAAGAGCUUGGAGAAAAGCAUGCUGUCUCACUGAAAAGCCUUAAACCACUUCCACAGGCAUCUCCUAUAGAGGGCUGGAAUACUGUGUCAGGGAAGAAGAUAAAAAAGUUCUCUACAGCAUGUGGGCAAAAUGUUCAGCCUGAAGCAGACUGCAGAGGGCCAAAGAGUCAAAGCAAGCCAAUAAAAACCCAGUCAGUGCUACCUCCUCGACAACAGUAUGCUGUGGGAACCAGACAGCAUCAGUUCUCACAGUCUCAGCAGACAUCUACUGAGCACAAAACUCCAGGCAGGAAUCCCUCCCAGUCUGUAAGAAAACCAGACAGGGAGAGAGCUGAAGAUCUGGACUACAUUAGCAGAGAUUGUUACUACUUUGGCCUGUCCCCAGAGGAACGCAGAGAGAAGCAGGCCAUAGAAGAAUCUCGCUCACUUUAUGAGAUUCAGCAAAGGGAUGAACAAGCUUUUCCUGCUCUUUCUAACCAUUUAGUUUGUCAGGCUGCUACGCAGACUGCUGAUACUUGUGUAAAGCUCCGAGUUGUUACUGAGAAAAGAAACAGCAGGGGGAAGGCAAAUAUGGAAGAGCGAAAGGAUAAAGAUUCAAAUUCCAGGCAGGUCCACUUCAGUCAGAAGUUUGAGUCAAAUUCAUCUGAGAAGAAUGGUGGAGAUGACAAGUAUCCACAAGCUUCAUCUCCUUCGAAACAAGAAAAGACACAAUCUCAGUCUCCUGCUGAACAAAACCUGACAGAACACUUACCAUGUGUAAAUCCAACUCCCCCUCCACCCUUCUCUGAGGUGCAUUUGCCUCCGACAGUGCCUUCUAUUACAGCCAUUGUGCCAGCCUGGCAAAAUGAGCCAACUUAUCGACCAACAGGUUUUCCAACCCAAAUACCUGUUUCUUCAUUGAUGCCGGCCCCGACAACUGGACCUGAUUCUGUUGUAUCCCAGGCAACAUCUGCUCCAGUUGCCGGAGUUCCUGUGUCAAUACAAGCAGUUAACCAGCCUUUGAUGCCUUUGCCUCAGUCACUGAAUCCUUAUCAGGACCCAUUAUUCCCUGGAUUCCCUUUUAAUGAAAAGGGGGAGAGAGCCAUUGCACCACCUUAUUCCCUUUGUAAUACUGGGGAUGAUCUGCCUAAAGAUAGAAGUAUUCUUCGAUUUUUCUUUAAUCUUGGUGUGAAGGCAUACAGCUGUCCCAUGUGGGCACCACAUUCUUAUUUGUACCCUCUGCAUCAGGCCUAUCUAGCUUCUUGUAGAAUGUAUCCAAAAGUUUCUGUUCCUGUAUAUCCUCAGAACCCUUGGUUCCAAGAGGCACCACCAACCCAGAAUGAAAAUGAAACUGCACAAACAAACAGACACUUUCCUAUGCAGAAUGAGGCCAGAUCUGAGGAUCAGAGUCUGGAAGCUGACAGUAGGUCUCCAUCAUUGCCUCUGAUUAUAUCUACAGCUCAGGUGUCAGAAAGUCAAGGACAGGUCUGUGUAGAAUCUGAGAACCCAGUGCAAGCUCUUCAGUCCGAUCAAGAUGAGUCAGUGAGAGGAAAAAACAUGUUCCUGCACCCACCAUUUGGACACAAUCAAUUUUUAGGAGCUGUUCCAAUAACACCUCCUUUUUUCCCUCACUUUUGGUAUGGGUACCCUUUUCAGGGUUUUAUGGAAAAUUCAGUAGUGAGAUCUAAUGUUAUGUCACCUGAGGACAAAGGGGCUGCUGUUAGCCCCUCAGCAAAUAUAUAUCUGGCCAAAGAAUGCAGUUCUCCAGUUCCAGUAGCAAGCUGUGUGGAGCAUCUUCAGAAGGUAGAGUGUGAAAGUAACUCCAGUGCCAUACCUCUCCCUAGGGCUAGUUUGAGCAGCGAAUGUGAUGUUUUGAAUGAAACCUCAACCAAGGUGCCUAAGAUGGAGCAAAUAUGUACUGCUGUUUCUCCUGCAAAACAGGCGAAGGCUGCUCUACAAAAUCGUUCUACACAGAUGCAGGGGAUUGAGCGGCAGACAGUGGUGUCACAUGCUUCACCAUCAGUAACAGAGCCACCAAAAAAUGAAAUGAAAAGUAAUAUUCCUGGUCAUAAGGAAAAGCCAGAGAAAGCCAGAGAUUCCAAGGCUACUGAUAAUUUACAGGCCAACUUGGUAGAAAGCAGGGCGCACAGAACAAGGGAAGAGAGCUCUGAAGAUGAAAAUGAGGUGUCUGAUAUGCUGAGAAGUGGUAGAUCCAAGCAAUUUUAUAAUCAGACUUAUGGUGGUGGCAGAAGGCCAAGAAAUGAAUGGGGCUACCCAUCUAGUAGGGGAGGAUACCAGUACCCAAGAAACGAAGAAGCUUGGAAAGGACCACCCAACAGAAGCAGAGAUGAAGGUUACCAGUAUCACCGAAAUUUUAGAGGGAGGCCAUAUAGAAAUGAUAGAAGAAGGGCAAUCAUGGGAGAUAAUCAGAGGGGGCAUCUAGCAUAAGCAUGUCUUCUUAGAAAGUUUCAAAUGCCAAUACAAAUUUCAAGGAGAGACUUCUAAAAUCUUCCCAGCUUUUUCUUUUGUUUUAAGAUAGGGAACACUUGUAACCUCAAAGUAAGGCCUGAGGGGAAACGAACUCCUAGUCCUAGCAUUAAGUUUCAUGGCAAUUAAACAUUGUUUCAGUUUAGGAAUUUUUUCAAAUUCUGGAAGUAGAAAAUUUGUUUUUUAAAGUAUAAAAACAGUACAGUUUAGUACUGAAAAUUUUCCUUAGAGGUUUCAGUUUGUGGUACAAUAAAAUGAUAAAUAUUAAAAUGUUUACUGGAAUGACACAAAUAUAGUAUUUGACGUGAUCUCGGUUCUAAAACUGAUGUAGUGUUGCACCAAAUAUAAAUGUAUAUUAUCAUACAAUGCCUUAGUUCUAAACUGAGCUAAAGGAGUACUCAGCCUCCCACACUGUUGUUUUUGAUAUGCUUCCAACCCAAAGGCCUUUCAUCUCAAAAUCUGUCAAACUUGAAUGUUUCUCUUUAAUGUGUUACAUCUAUGGCAGUCAGCUAACUGUGUCUUAGAUAUGCUGUAUAUAAUUCUUUUAAUAUUCAUAGGGUAUAUUUUUGAAUUUUAAAAAGCAUUUGGUGAAAUCAAAAUUGAGACAAGCAGUCAAGAAUAGCUGUGUGUGAAUCGAUAGGAAAUUUAGUGGAAUGACUGUUUCCACCAAAAAUUCUUAACACUGGUGUGACUAUAAUGGUGCCUAUGCCAAUUAAAUAUUUACAAAGACAAUAAAAACGUAGAUGCUAUGCAUUUCCAAAAUAUUCUGCAUCUGUUAUAAUAGCAGAAUUUUUUAAUGCCACUUUAACACUAAUGCACUGACAAAUCCUAAAUAUUUUGUGAGCAGAGAUGCAUAAAAUACAUGUUACAUUUUUUUUUUUUAAGUUUGUAUGAUGAGCUACUGUUGAGCUUUUUUGUUGUUGCACUGUUGAUGCAAAUUGGUUAUGCUUUGCAUGUACAACUCAUUGCUGGAACUACUUUUUAAAAACAAGAUAGAUGUGGUUUUCAAAAUAUAUUCUCCAGAAUUCAGAAGAAAGCGGCUUCUGCCUUAUUUUUACACUGUGUCAGAGUUCUGAUUGCUGUUUCUUCUGACUCUUAGAUGAUCUCUGCAGUGUUCCUGAUUAUUGCCUUUGCAGUUGGGAUAUUCAGCUAUCCAAUCUCAGAGAGAGUGCAGUGUGCACACUAUUCACUCAGCUCUGUUGCUUUGUAAAAUUAACAGUUGUGUAUAUUUUUAUAUCUCUGUAUAUACCAGUGUAAAAGGUGAUGGUGCCCUUUUAUUCAUGUCUGAGAUUGUAUACCUUUGAUCAGGAAACUUGAGUGAUACUGUUAUACAUGUGACGAAGCAAUUCUUUUCAGAUGCAUGCCAUGUAUAAAACACCUAAUUAAAAAUAAA